GACUCUGAGAUGUCAAUGGCUUCAAGCAAUUACGGAUAGGGAUGGAGAUAAUUAAUGCUUCUAUUUUGACACGUGGAUGGAUCGGACCUUGUCUUAAAAAGGUGAAAAUCACUCUGACUCCGGUGACGGACUGUUACAGUACCGGCGACGGACAAUGAUGAUCGGCAGGCUGAUAUUUCAAAGGCGAUCUUUGACGUCCGUCUGCAGAUAUCUCUCUCAAUGCACUCCACUAGCUUCAUCUCCGCCACCGCCCGCCGUGAAGCCCGAGCCUCUGUUUCUAGGCUUCUCCCCCUUCUCUACCAUUUCCUUUCAACGCCAUAACAGCUCUUUCAGUUUCAACAUUCCGGGUGCCGUGGAUAGACGUUGCUUUUCAAGUCAGGCGGUGGCCGAAAUACCGACCGGUGGGAUAGUUGAUGUACCGUUGGCGCAGACUGGCGAAGGCAUUGCGGAGUGUGAACUCCUCAAGUGGUUUGUGAGUGAGGGCGAUGAAGUUGAAGAGUUUCAACCACUGUGCGAAGUUCAAAGUGACAAAGCAACCAUAGAAAUAACAAGCCGUUACAAAGGAAAAGUGGCACAGAUUCUCUAUGUUCCUGGUGAUAUUGUAAAGGUUGGGGAAACUCUCCUAAAGAUGGUGGUUCAGGAAAGUCAGGUUCCCACAAUGACUUCUAAUAAUUCGGCUGGUAUCAGUAUGAGAUCAGAGGAUUCUAAGAUGAACAAAGAUAGUACAGGUGGGGGCCUAUCCACACCUGCUGUUCGAAACCUUGCAAAGCAAUAUGGUGUAAGUAUAAGUGAAAUCCAAGGAAGUGGCAAAGAUGGGAGGGUAUUAAAAGAAGAUGUGCUUAAGUAUGCUGUCCAAAAAGGCAUAGUUAAAGAUGCAUCUAACACAACCAGUUCAAGUGUUGAAGAGCAGUUUCAGGGAGAAGAGAGUCACCCAUAUCUGUCAGCUGAAGCUCCAGGGCACUAUGAUGAUGUGAAAAUUCCCCUAAGGGGUUUUCAGAGAACCAUGGUCAAAACAAUGUCUAUGGCUGCAAAAGUUCCACACUUUCAUUACGUAGAAGAGAUAAACUGUGAUUCACUUGUGGGGCUUAAAACAUCUUUCCAAACUAAUAAUACCGAACCAGGUGUAAAGUACACAUUCCUUCCACUAUUGAUUAAGGCACUUUCAAUGGCCUUGAGCAAAUAUCCCAUGAUUAAUAGUUGCUUCAAUGAAGAGUCAUUGGAAGUUGUCCUUAAAGGUUCUCAUAAUAUUGGAAUAGCCAUGGCUACUCCAUAUGGUUUAGUGGUACCAAACAUAAAGAAUGUCCAGUCUCUUUCUAUCUUUGAGAUUACUAAGGAGCUGUCACGAUUACAACAAUUGGCAUUGGAUAAUAAGCUCAGUCCAGUGGAUAUAUCUGGUGGAACAAUAUCUCUAAGCAAUAUUGGGGCCAUUGGUGGAAAAUAUGGUGCUCCAAUUAUAAACUUGCCUGAAGUUGCCAUUAUUGCAAUUGGCCGAAUUCAGAAAGUUCCCCAAUUUGACGAUGAAGGCAAUGUUUAUCCUGUGUCAAUUAUGACGGUCAACAUUGGUGCCGAUCAUAGAGUUCUGGAUGGAGCAACCGUGGCAAGAUUUUGCAACGAGUGGAAACAAUUCAUUGAAAAACCCGAGCUGCUCAUGCUACACAUGAAAUGACUAGACUUUCUCAAAUGAUGUCUGCUUCUCAGCCUCCUUAUUUCUGUAUCUGUUUCUCUUAGUUAAGGAAAAACCUCAACUAAGUAAUAAAACAGUUUGGCUUAUCAAGAGAAAAAGUAAUAAAACAGUUUAUAUGCCAUUUAUUUGCUUCAUU